UCGGUUGUCGGCGACUUCAAAUCGCAUUAUGUCUGCCCAACUGGAGAGCAACAGUGCCAGUGAAAAUAAUAACAAUAGCGUCAAGGAUGUCAGGCUCCUGCUGCUGCCAGAUACUUCUUCGGAUGGCAAUCCGGCGAGUGUCAUUUCGCGCUCCGAAUUGCAAAAGAAUUUCAUUGAUGACCUGACACAAACGGUUGACGUGGGCCAUGUGAGGAGGAAGCGAGUGUGGCGGGUGCCCUGGUUUAUUUUGCUGAUGUGUUUUAUGCAGAUAUCACUGCACUGGAUUGCUAAUGAGUGCAUGCAAAAAAGACUGAUCUUUAAGUCUGGGUGGAUCGGCGAGUACUGGCGAUUACUGACCUAUAUGCUGCUACAUUCCGAUUAUUAUCACCUGGGUCUCAACAUUUGUCUACAGUGUUUUAUAGGUAUCUGCCUGGAAGUGGAGCAGGGUCACUGUCGCCUGGCCGUGGUCUACAUCGUGGGUGGCGCUGCCGGUUCGUUGGCCAACGCCUGGCUGCAGCCCCAUCUCCUCCUGAUGGGGGCUUCCGCCGGGGUAUACGCCAUGCUGGGGAGCCAUGUGCCGCACCUGGUUCUGAACUUUUCGCAGUUGUCGCACCGCUAUGCCCGCAUCGCCUCCCUGUGCAUUUUGUUCCUCAGCGAUGUGGGCUUCACAAUAAACCACUUUUGCCAGCAUCACAAUCGCAAUCCGCGUAUCAGUCUGGAGGCCCAUAUUGCAGGGGGCGUGGCCGGAAUUCUGUGCGGUUUCAUCGCCUACCGUCGCAUCCGUCCAUCAACUCAUAGAGCCAUUUUUGUAUAGUCUCAAAUAAGGUGAUUAGUUAUAAAUUCUAUAGUUUAAGUGUGAAAAUAUGUAUAUUAUAGUCAAUUUUACUAUAAGUCUGUUAUUGUUAUAAAAUCUCUUUUAAAUGGAUUUUACAUCAGCCAAAUAGUCCACUAAUUAAUAAAAUACAUUUAAGCUCUUAG